AUGAAUAAUCUAUUUAAAAGGUUGACAAUCUCUGUAAGCGAAGAGCUUAAAUUACGAAUACUUCGUAAAAACAUCUUACCAUUCUAUCAAACACAACUAACCCUAGUUACCAUUACAACUGAAAACCAAUUAAUUGAGUUAUGCCGUACUUUGGAUUCGACUCGCGAAUCAAUAGUAAAUUUUGUACCACCUACUCUAAAUAAAACCACAAUAGAGUCAGAUUUAGCUUAUAAUAGGGGAACAAAAAAGAUACUUAAUACGCUUAGCGUUAAUUUUAAAGAAAACAUAGACAACGAUAGCGAUAGAUCGAGAGAUAGAUGUAGAGAUAGAUCAGAAGAUAGAUAUACAGAUAGAUCGAGAGAUAGAUAUAGAAAUAGAUCAGAAGAUAGAGAUAGAUCAGAAGAUAGAUAUAGAAAUAGAAUAGAACACAAAUAUAGAGAUAGAUCAGGAGAUAGAUUCGAAUACAAAUAUAGAGAUAGAUCAGGAGAUAGAUAUAAAGGUAGAUCAGAACACAAAUAUAGAGAUGAGUCAAGUGAUAGAAACGCAAACAUGCGAGAAAAUAAAAGUAGAUACAGGGAAUGGUCAGAAAGUAGAAAUAGAGAUAGGAGCUUAAGUUCUAGUAGAGAUAGAAAUCAUCGAUUUGGUAACCCAAAUAUUCAAAAAGAUUCUAACUAUCACGAAUUUGAUAAAGGUAAUAGUAAAGAACAAAAUCAGUUUCAACGUGAUAACUAUCAACAAUCAUAUCGUUCAUCUUACACAUCUCGAACACCCGAAAAUAAUAACAUAACAGACAAUAAACCAAAUAAGGUCAUAACUUGUUACCGCUGUGGUCAACGUAACCACUACGCAAAUCAUUGUAUUCUCAAAAAGUCAAAAAACUAA